UAGUCGUCUCUUCUGUCAGAGCAAGAAGUGAUUGUGUGACUGAAGCAGCGUCACACUCUUCUGCUGGGAUUGAGUUCUUCUGAAACUGGACUUUAGAGAAAUGAUGCUCAUCUUUGGACUGAUGCUGCUGCAAACUGCUGCAUGUCUGGAUCAGCUCUGCACAUUUGAUGAACCAUAUUCAUUCAAACAAUGUUACGCAGCUCUGGGACACAAACUCAGUCUGCAGAUGAAGCUGAACCCUCGAUAUUCUUACCUUAAAUUGUAUAAGAUGUUAAAUAAUGACAGUAGACUGGAAGUCUGUAGCAUAAAGAAAUAUAAUUAUUACGAAUCCAUCAGAAACAGAUCUGAGUUCUUUAAAAAUGUGUCUCCGAUAAUAAAUACACAUGAAUCCAUCAGAAACAGAUCUGAGUUCUUCUUUGAUAAUAUAACUCUGAUCAUAAACAAUGUGACCAGAGCAGAUUCAGGAAAAUACACAUCAUUUGUCAAUGAGAUAGAUAUGGCAAUGGAAAGUGAUCUUCAAGUGAUUGUUGAAGCUCCUAUUGGCUCAGUGGAAGUGUCAAUCAUCUGCUCCUCCAGUGGGGUGAUGAGGGUGUUCUGCUCCUCUGAGGGGGAUCAUCUCCUUUACAGCUGGACUCUGAAUGGAGAUCCACUGAUGGAUGGAAACAGCAGCAUUGAUCUGGAUGAAGGAACUGAUGGAGACAUCAGCUGCAGCGUGAAGAACCACGUCAGUCACGCACAGAAGACCAUUAGACUCAAACCCUGUUCUGAUUGCAAUACUGGGUCAGUCCACUAGUGGCUGCAGGAGUCAAUGUUCUGUGGGGAGGAGGAGCAGAAAAGGAGAAGGAAUAAAGAAGUGUUCAUAAUGAUAUGAAACUAGGCAUUCUCUCUCUCUUUAAUUUCUCAAUAAGAGUCUCAAACAUUACAAAAUCUGGCAACGAUAUCUUUAUCUUUACUAAUUCCUGCAUUUUGUCUUCCGACUG